AUGAAGGUGAAAAUCAAACACUGGCAUGGGGUGGCCACGUGGCACUGGCAUACGCAGAGCUCCCAAAAUGACGAGCUCUGUGGAAUCUGCAGGGUGCCUUUUGAUGGCACGUGCCCCAACUGUAAGUACCCAGGCGACACCUGCCCGCUUAUUUUGGGCGCCACCUGUUCUCACAACUUUCAUCUCCAUUGUAUUUUGAAGUGGCUUGAGCAAAGCAAUUCAAAGGGCUUGUGCCCUAUGUGUAGGCAGAUCUUCACGGCAAAAGUCAUCGAGGGCAUUGGCUCACCACAAGAAUUGGCCGAGCUUCAGGCGCUCAUAGAAAGCCAUCAAAAUGGGCGAGAUGCGGAGCUUGGAACUGAUUUUGAGUAUGGCGAGAAUUGA